AUGCGCGGCAUUAUAAGAAACCUCUUCCUCGUCCUCGCAACGCUAUCUAGCGUCGUGUAUGCAACAAUCGAUCUUGGAGACUGUACUACCGACAGCGAUUGUGCUUGGAAUUGCGGGGGUGAUUCCCAUUGCCGGUAAGUAUACAAGUUCAUAUAAAACAAAUCAAGGAAAAAAUACUCGUUGCUAAUAUGAGAUCUUCGUAGUGAUGGGAAAUGUAGUUCGUGCGUAUGAUACUGUAACAUACUUGUCUAGAGUACUACACAGGUUAGUUAGAUGUAGAUGGAGAGAUAACGGGACUUUAUACUAAUAUGUUUAUAGAAAUCCUUUUGAGUUAGCUGGAUUUAUGGGGUAUUUGGUUCAAUACUUGGAGUGUGCGUCGUUAUUCGGUAGCGUACCCUUGAAGAUAUAA